AUGGUUCAGACAUCCAUCAUCGCCGCGGCAUGCGUGCUCGGCGCCGCACUCGUUCACGCUCACCCAGGUCCACACCCUGUGCCAAACGCGAAGCUGCUGUCCGAACGGUCUGAGAAAGCCUCAAAAUGUGCCGCACAAGUCGGUGCCAUGAAGCGGAAGCGUCACCUCCAGCGCAAGAGGGAGAUCACAGACUACACCAUCCACGCGGACGCACCAAAGUACAACUUCCUCAAGGACGACACUUGCAUCCUUAGACCCGAAGUUGACCAAGGACCAUACUGGUACCCACCAUUCGAGCUGCUACGCCAGAACGUCGCCGAAGACCAAGCUGGUGUCCCACUCGAGCUUGAGAUUGGCUUGAUCGAUGUCAACACCUGUGAGCCGCUCGAGUACGCUAUGAUCAGCAUCUGGCACUGCAACGCAACCGGCUCCUACAGCAGCUUCGAAUACAACCCCAACAUCCCCUUCGGCGACCUUCUCAAGCAAAAGGGCAACUUCGCCUUCCUCGCCAACUCCAACACCACCUUCCUUCGCGGCAUGUGGCCAACCAACUCCAACGGUGUCGCCUCGUUUAGCACCACCUUCCCAGGGUUCUAUGUCGAGCGAACCCUCCACAUCCACGCCCAAGUCCACACAAACUGGAACAUCACCAAGAACGGCACCCUCAACGCCGGCAGCCGCGUCGUUGAGAAGGGCCAGAUCUUCUUCCCGGAGGAUGUUACCAAGGAGAUUAUGGCGGUUGAGCCUUACGCCUCCCAUGUGGAGGUUGAGCGGUUUACUAACGAUAUUGAUGACAUCUGGCAGGAUGCUGGCGCGACUGGCGCAGCGACGGACCUAGACGUCGAGCCGCUUGUUGGCGUGGAUUUUAAGAAUGGUGUUCUGGGUUAUAUCACGCUGGGCAUCGACACCACUACAAUCAAGAUCGGCAACAAUUAG